AUGACAUACUCAAAAUUAUUUUCAGGAAAUUCUGAAUUAGGAAAUUUACCUGAAUUAAUAUGUGAAAUUAUAAAGUAUUUUAGGAAUGAUUUUUCAACAUUGUAUUCAUGCAUUUUAGUCAACAGAUUAUGGUGUCGCUUAGCAAUUCCAUUGUUAUGGGAAGAUCCAUUUUCAAUUUACGCCCAAAAUUUUCAAUUUAUUGAAAUUUAUUUAGGUAAUUUAAAUGAGGAUGCAAAACAACAUUUAGUGGAUCGGAAUUUAAUAGCAAAAAAUUGUUCAAGUACAUUAUUCAAUUAUCCUAGUUUUAUUAAACGUUUAAAUACAAAUAAAAUUUUUCGUUCUAUUGGAAAUUGGCACCCAGCUUUAAUGGAUUGUUGGACAAUAUUAGUUUAUAGAUCAUUAUUUAAAAUGUUUAUUGAAAAUGAAGGAAAUUUACAUUCUUUUGAAUUUGAAUAUCAUACAGUUCUUGAUUUUAAUUAUCUUAAAGUUACUAUGGAAUUAACUUUACAAAAUCCAAAUUUUACUUGCAAUAUUAGAAAUUUAAAGUUUUCUAUGAGUGCUACAAAUAUUUAUAUAAAUAUGUUUCCUUUACUAAAAUUUUUAUGUUUUAAUUGUAAUUCAAUCUCAUCAUUUUAUAUUGGUUAUGGAUAUAAAGACGGUGAUAACACCUUAAUUGAAAAAUGUUUGACACAAAUGUUUAAUACACAACAGAGUAUCGAAAAAAUUUCAUUUGAAUGCUAUAACUCUUUAUACGAUUCGUUUUCAUUAUUAACCAAUAUCUCAAAUACUUUGAAAAUAAUUACAUUCUAUAGAGUUGAUUUUGAGGAAAUAAUUAAUAAUAUUCAAGAAAUAUUCAAUCAAUUGAAUGUUUUAGAAACUAUUCAUAUUAUUUAUUGUUAUUCUUUAAAUUCUGAUUUUGUUCAACAAAUUAUUAAUGUUAUUAGGCCAUUUAAAUUAAAAUCUUUGAUCCUAAAGUAUCAUUUUCAAGUUGAAUCAUUACAAUUGUUAAUACAAAAAUUUGGUAGUGAUUUAGAAAAUUUUGAAUUUAGUAAAGGCCUUUUACAUGGUAAAUCAAAACAAAAAAGACAAAAAUUAUUCGAAUCAAUUAUAGAAUAUUGUACAAAAAUUAAAUAUUUUUCAUUAAGAGAUAUUAAUAUUAAUCUAGCACUUAAUCUAAUUGAAAAUAUUAAAAAACAAAGUCUUAAUUAUCUUAAUAUAAGAUUUUAUGAUUAUUAUGGUUACUACGAAUCAAAAAAUUUAAAAAAUUUAGGACAAAUUCUUCCUUCUAAAUUAGAAUUUUUAAAAUUAGAUCUUAUUAAACCAAAUUAUUUGAAAAUAUUUUUAGAAAAUUUUCAAGAUACUUUUAUCAAAAGGUUAUUUAUUAAAAUCAAAUUUCAUGAGGGAUACAAAGAUAUUUUGUCUUAUAUAAAAGAAUACAUUAUGAAAAAGAAAAGGGUUAAAUAUUUAGCCAUAUUAAUUAAUUGUCAAGACUUAGUUUCUUUGAAAGAUGAAGUAAAAGAAUUUGAAUUAUAUAAUAUUAAAGUUCAAAAAUAUGAUGAAUCUUAUAUUAGAGAUAUUGAUAUUGUAAACAAUUAA